AUGAGGACUGCAGUAGCUGUACUGUGCCUGGUGGGGGUGCUGUUUGUCAGUCAGAAUGCCGAGGCUGGAACCACGUUUGAACUCAUGAGACAGACUGCAGUGACGAUGACGGGGGAGCUGCCGUGCGGCGGCUGGGACUGCGACUGCGCCUUCAAGCGCCAGCGGGGCUGCUGCUGUGUGGCCAACGACGCCUUCCAGCUGGAGGAGAGCGUGUUCAUGCGCUUGGUGGGCCUCUGGCAGGGCGUCUCCGCCCUCAGCAGCCAGAUCGAUGAGCUCACAGGUCCAUCCAACCAGGUUGCAUUCACAGCCGGGAUGUCCCCGAUGUCAACGGGCUCCCAGUGCUUCGGGCCUUUCACUAGCCAUGUCCCCAUCUCCUACACAGACGUCAGGCUGAACCAGGGCUUCGGCUACAACCCAGCUCUCGGCACGUUCACGGCCCCGCGGACGGGGGUCUACUCCUUCUCCUACAGUGUCUACUCCAACGUGGGUUCCGCCGGCCAGCGUCUCUACCACAUGGUGCAGCUGAUGAGGGACGGCGUGCCGCUGGUGUCCACGUGGGAGGACAACCGCGAGGACUCGGAGGACGCCGGCUCGCAGACGGUGGUUCUGCAGCUGCGGCGCGGGUCCCAGGUGUACGUGCAGCUCGUCUUCGGGCGACUGCUGUGCGGGGACACGGCCGGGCACAACUCCUUCAGCGGGUACCUGCUGUACCCACUCAGUGACUAG